AUGGAAGGUUUUGCACCAAGUCCCAGGUACCACAAAGCAAGUUGGCGAGUCUUCUUCGUCACCUUGGGCUCUUUGACGUACGCGUACGCGUCCAGUAUCAUUGGUACAACGCUUGCUCAGCCGUCUUUCAUCACAUACUUUGGUCUGGAUCACCGUGCGAAUGCUGCUCAACUGGAAGGAGCUAUAAAUGGUGUCUUCCAAGCUGGUGGGUUGAUUGGAGCCUUGAUGUCCGUACCCGUCGCGGACAAAUAUGGCAGACGCAUGGGUCUCUUUGUGGCUUCCAUCUUGGCUAUCCUCGGCGGUGCUCUACAGGCGGGCAGUGUACAUAUCGCCAUGUUCAUUGCCAUGAGAGUUGUGUCAGGCCUAGGGGUUGGCGCCCUCAUUACGCUGACGCCCCUAUAUCUGGCAGAAGUUUCUGCGGCCGAGAUACGGGGGCUGGUGGUCGGCACCACUGGUAUUUGCAUUGGUAUCGGCUAUGCCAGCGCAAGUUGGAUCGGCUUCGGAUUUUACUUUGUGAAUGCCGCAGGAACUCAAUGGCGCAUCCCCAUUGCACUUCAGUGCAUCCCACCACUUCUCCUGUCUGUGGCAAUCUGGUUUCUGCCAGAGUCUCCUCGCUGGUUGCUAUUGAGUGAUCGAAUUGAGGAAGCCUUUGCCAUGUUCAAAUUGACCCAUUCUGCUUCAAAUGAGUCGGAAGGGUCUGCGGCAGUCGAUGAAGCCUUCCGGUUGCUCCACUCUCAGAUCGUUCAUGAAAAGCAUUCAGAUGUCAUGUUUACACACCUCUUCACUCAUCCAACUUUACGAAAGCGUACUUUAAUUGGCUUUUUGACCUUGUUUGGCGGCCAAGCAGCUGGUACUCAAGUGAUAAACAAUUAUGGACCUUCGCUAUACGCGAGUCUCGGAUUCGGAACAACUGAUACACUGCUUAUCCAAUCUGGGUGGAUAACAACCAUCAUCUUCGGCAACGUCAUAAAUUCCUUUGCCCUCGAUAGAUUCGGUCGCCGGCCUCUUCUUGUGUUCGGUUUCCUGGGCUGCGUCGCUUCUCUGAUCGGCGAAUGUGCUUCAGUCGCCACUUACCAAAAGUCCGGUGGACAUAGCGCUGCUAUUGCUGCGGUGUUAUUCCUGUUCUUGGAGGUCGCAGUUUUUUCCUCAACACUUGACGCCACAACUUAUGUUUAUCCAUCGGAAAUCUUCCCUACUCCGGUCCGUGCGAAGGGUAUGGCGAUCUCCGUUGCAGGUCUAUUCUUAGGAUCGAUCAUCAUCUUGGUUGCCGCGCCUACUGCUUUUGAAAGAAUCAAAUGGAAAUAUUUCCUUGUCUUCGUGUGUGCUAGCUCAGUCAUGUCCGCCGUGGUGUAUUUCUUGUUUCCCGAGACGAAUCAGAAAUCGUUGGAGGACAUUUCCACUCUGUUCGGUGAUACUGUCACACAGGAGCAAGACAUCGAAGCUCCAUGUGAUGUUUCUAUCAUGGAGGACAGGGUGAACAAGGAGUAA